AUGACCGCUCGUACGAGCUCGUCCCAGCUCGGGUCGUCGUCGUCGGAGAGCUCGUCGGCGCGACCGUCGCUAUCGAGACGUGACACUUCUGCGUCGAAGCGCACCACUCAGGCCGAUGAGAAGCAGACCGUGUGGGGCUGGAUUUUAAAACAAUGGCAAAAGACGGGGCUCGACCAACCGACGAUUUUGUUGAUGAUGAAGUCAGUGGAUUGGCCCCUGCAAUUGCGAUAUCCAUGUAAGCUCUCCACGUCCGGCUAUUUCCUCAUCCCCUCGCGCCGCUCGGAUUUGGUUGACUCGCAUACUGACAUUCUUUGGAACAGCUAUCAGGCUACUGAUGUCGCUGAGGAGUACACGACGCUCGGGUAUCUGAUGGCCAUUGUCUCAAUCCUGGGAUUCGCCAUCAUGCCUAGGGCAAAAUUCGUUCAGAUGAUGAUCUUCGAUGUCCUGGCAGUGUGUCUGGGGGCCUGCUUUGCGUUGCUCACAAUGUACUCCAGCGUGAAGGCGCGCGAACAUACUCAGUCCCCAACGGAUCCUCAAGCUUACAACUCGUCCGCGUCCGCCGUGAGUGGAAUUUGGUUGUUCUUCCAGAUUUGGCUUGUGCAUACUUUUCGUGCCAAAUAUCCUCAAUUUCAGUUCCCCGUCAUUAUAUACGCUAUCUUCGCCAACGUUGCAUCGGUCUAUGCCCCGCAGAUGGCGAGCAUGACCGCGGCCAUUGCUCUGGUGACGCGAAUGCUGAAAACUUUUCUCACCGGCCUGGCAAUUUCGACGGCAGUCUCAUUCUUCGUCUUGCCAAUGACGUCGCGCAAGGUCGUCUUUAAACAAAUGGCAGGCUACAUUGGCGCACUUCGCUCAGCCCUAGAUGCACAUGCGGAGUAUUUUGAGACGUUGGAGAAAGACGACAUGUUCGGCCGGGCUGAUACAUUCGAUGAUGCGCACGAGAAAAUUGACAAGACGGGCAAAGUCUACAGUCCCGAGGCGGAGAAGAUUCGCCGUGCCGUUCGGCAAAUUACUGACUUGCACGCAAAAUUGCACGGAGACAUCUCCUUUGCGAAGAGGGAGUUCGCACUCGGUCGAUUGGGUCCGGACGACCUACAGCUGGUCUUUCGACACUUGCGUCGAAUCAUGAUCCCUGUUGUUGGCCUGAGCUUUGUUGUCGAUAUCUUCCAGAGGCUAUCGGACUACAAUAAAUGGAAUUUACCAAUCGAUCCCAGUAUCGAUGCCCUUCCAGAGGAAGCUCGGUCCCGCGCUGUUCGCGACUGGAAUGAUAUGAUGCGAGCAGUGCACGACCCAUUCGCCGAAAUGAUCCAGACCAUCGAUGAAGCUCUUCUUCACACAUCAUAUGUCCUUCGUCUGGCAAAACCCCCUAAAAAGAGGGCAGUAUCAUCAUCAUCAUCACCACCACCACCGUCGACUCCCGGUGCGAUCCAAGCAGAUAUCGAAGAUGUAGAGGCCUCAGCUCAAAACACAGCCCCUGGCGAAACAGGAUUCACGGCGCAUUUUGAGGAGAAGUUGGGCGCUUUUCGAGGAGUCAAGCGCAUCGCAUUGCAAGCUUGGGCUCAAGAGAAGGGUAUUAAAUUGCCACCUGAUUUCUUUGACCAUGCUUGUACUAUGGACAGCUUGAAAGGUGAUUUCUUCUCGGCAUCUACUUCGUUUCAGGAUCGAAGCCGCCGCCAAUUGUACCUUUUUCUUUACAUGCAACAACUUCUCUACUCAACGGGUCAAACAGUGCUAGAGUUCGUCAAAUAUGCGGACGAUCUUGCUGCCAAGGGGAAGUUGUCACGAACUCGACUAAUCAUCCCUGGCUCCAAGCGAAUGAUCAAAUGGGUAAAGAGCUGGCUCGUGACCGAGGACAGCCAUGAGGAAGACAACAUGGGUGAUGUGCAUGCGCAAAAUAGUAUGCUUGAGCUUGGUGAAGCCUACAGGCAUCGCAAAGAUCCCGAACACCUUCCUCCUGAAACUCUUUUUCAAAAAUUUGGAGACAAAAUUCGAGUGAUUCCCUGGUUUUUUCGGUCCUUCGAGUCGAAUUAUGGAUUCAGGGUAGCGUGUGCAACCAUGACCAUCGCCAUCGUUGCCUACUUGCGUGAUACACAGUCCUUCUUCAUCAAACAGAGGCUUGUAUGGGCUAUGAUCAUGGUCAACCUCAGCAUGUCUCCGACUUCUGGUCAGAGUAUUUUCAGCUUUGUCUUGCGUAUCGCUGGCACGACCAUUGCCAUGGUGGCCAGCUUGUUGAUUUGGUACAUACCAGGUCAGAAUACCGCCGGUGUCGUCGUCUUUCUUUUCAUCUUUGUCUCCUGUGGUUUCUGGAUCCCCAUCAAGAUGUUCCGGUUCCGCGUCAUUGGAAUGAUCAGUAUUGUGACCACCACAAUGAUUAUCGGAUAUGAACUGCAAGUUCGCAAAGUGGGGAAACAGGUUGCCACGUCAAAUGGGCAGCCAUACUAUCCGAUCUACCUACUUGCGCCCUAUCGGCUGGCUGCUGUGACAGGAGGCAUUGCAGUCGCAUUCAUCUGGACAUUUUUUCCAUAUCCCAUCUCAGAGCACUCCAUUCUUCGUCAGAGUCUUGGCGCUUCGCUAUACUUGCUAGCCAACUACUACUCCAUCAUUCAUGAGACAGUCUCAGCCCGUAUGCGAGGAGACGAGGGGGACAUGACUUUGAAGAGUUCUGCCGGCCGAAAACUGGAAAAGGCCCGACACAAAGUUUUCUCGAAACAAAUGUUAAUGCUGAGUGGGCUCAGAACGUAUUCUGAGUUCCUCAAGUGGGAGGUGCCCAUAGGCGGUCGUUUCCCAAAGCAGCAAUAUGAUGCCAUCAUUGUCUGCGUUGAAAAUAUCGUGAGCUAUCUGAGCUUGCUGGGAUAUGCAUCCGACACCUUGAUGCGACUCAGCGACGACGAUGAGGACGAGUCAGGAUCUGUCUGGAUGCACGACUUUCGCAAACUGGUUGGGACUGCGAAUGUCACAACCCAUGAGGUGACAUCUCUACUGUGUCUGUUGUCGGCCAGUAUCACCAAUCGGCAGCCUCUGCCUCCAUACCUCAAAGCGCCACGACCUUAUAGCUUCUCCAAGCGACUGGAAGCGCUCGACAAAGACAUUCUUAGCAUUAACCAUAUUGCAGAGCCGGGCUUCGCAGCAUUUGCAGUCCUACAAAUUUCGACUCGCUGCAUUGUUGGUGACGUCGAAAGACUGAUGCGGCACGUGAAAGGCUUGGUUGGAGAGCUAGACUUUUCAUUUCAUGCCGUGAGUACGAUGGAUGCGAGAAUCGCAGACUCAAGAUAUACAUCGCGAGCACCGUCACGGGUCAGCGUCAAUGAGAGCCAUACUGUUGAUCGUGAGAAAAGCGAUUAA